AUGGCCCUUAAUAGUGUCGUACGGUUGGCAGGACGUCCUAAUGGUCCCAUUGCGAGGGGGAUUGCUCGACCGAAACCCCCAACUAGACCACCGACUAGACUUAAACCAAGCCAAUGGCACGGAGGGUUUUACCAUGGAGAGCUCUCGGGGAGAGUAGUAGUUUCCAGCGACCAAGCUUCUUUACACCCUUGUUCUCAUUGCGUCAAAGGGAUGACAAGCCGGAAUUCUGUCACUGGGAGCUUUAUCGAUCCUCGGAAGCUCACGAGGCGGUUGGGAGUAGUCACACUAUCUAUGGUACAUAAGGCGAUGUCGAGCAUGUUUUCGGCAUUACUUCGUUCAAUGAUCCGAAAAGCAGCAGUCGGAUUUUCGCUCUUACGGCAUAUCCGCUUGUUCUUGCAAUCGAUCCACACAGAGCGAAUGGCUUCAUCAGACAAAACAGAACCAACGGCCGCCGGGUCAAAAUCGCAAACGCCGAUUGUGGAUAAUGCAGCGGCGAGUACUAACAACACGUCAGAGAAGAAAUCUCAGUCCAGUACAGGAUCUGGAACUCUCAAUGAAGCUGCCCUUGGCGGCGAGUCAGCUGAACGUAAUGCUGGACAACAGCUUGCGGCCGAUUCUGAUUCAGAGGAGGAGGAAGAAUGGAACAUGUCGCUCAUGUGA